AAUUUAACCUAUGGAAUUUUCGAUCGGUUUGCUUGAUUGAACCAAAAGCAUGGACAUGUCCAACGAAGACCAGCGAUUAUAAAGGCAAAGCUGCUCUGAGUCUGGCCGGAUCUAGCCUAUAUAUACACACAAGCUGCCAGCACUGCAGGCAGUAACCAGAGCACACAAGAACCCAAGCACCUGAGCUCAGCCUCGCAAAUACGUUUCAGUUCCGGAGCGAGUGUUCGCUCAUGGCUGCUGCACGCAGCAGCCAUCGCUUUCGCCACUCCAAGCUCUCAGUACUGAUCCUGGCACUGGCCACGGUGGUGGCCGCCGCACGGGCUCAGCUUUCGCCGACGUUCUACGCCUCGUCGUGCCCUGCCGCGCUCGUCACCAUCAAGACCGCCGUGCGGGCUGCUCUGGUGCUGGACCGGCGCAUGGGCGCCUCCCUGCUCCGGCUUCACUUCCACGACUGCUUCGUGCAGGGCUGCGACGCGUCCGUUCUGCUGGACGACACGGGCAACUUCACCGGGGAGAAGAGCGCGGGCCCGAACGCGGGGUCGCUCAGGGGGUUCGGCGUCAUCGACACCAUCAAGGCCCUGCUGGAGGCGCUGUGCCCGCGGACCGUGUCGUGCGCCGACAUCCUCGCCGUCGCCGCCCGUGACUCUGUCGUCGCGCUAGGAGGGCCAUCGUGGACGGUGCAGCUCGGCAGGAGGGACUCCACCACGGCGAGCCUCUCCACCGCGAACACCGACCUCCCCUCGCCGGCGUCCAGCCUGAGCACCCUGCUCGCCGCAUUCGCCAGGAAAGGCCUGAGCAGCACCGACAUGGUCGCUCUGUCUGGAGCCCACACGGCGGGGCAGGCGCAGUGCCAGAACUACCAGGCCAGGAUCUACAACGACGCCAACAUCAACGCGGCCUUCGCGGCGUCGCUGAGGGCCGGCUGCCCGGCCGGCGGCGGGGGCGGCGCGAACGCGCCGCUGGACGCGUCCACGCCGAACGCGUUCGACAACGCGUACUACGGCGACCUGGUCGCGCAGCAGGGGUUGCUGCACUCCGAUCAAGAGCUCUUCAACGGCGGCUCCACGGACGGACUGGUCAGGAGCUACGCAGCCAGCUCGGCGCGGUUCAGUAGCGACUUCGCCGCUGCCAUGGUCAAGAUGGGCGGCAUUGGUGUCAUAACCGGGAGCAGCGGAGAGGUCCGGCGCAACUGCCGGAGGGUGAACUAGCUAGCUUGCAGAAUGCUGCAUUGCAUGCAUCGCACUUCUGAAAGAAAUUGAGUGUGCUGAGCUAUCCAACCAUGGUUAAAGGAAGUUGUAAAGAUUAAGGGGCAACGAGUUCAUAUAGCUUGUGUUGAUGUUGGGAUUAAAGAAGUACUCUUCCAUUAAAUUCUAAGAUAUUUUGGUCUUUUCUAAA